AAUUCAUAUUGGCGUGUCACUGAGAUAACUUCAAUCGAAUCGAUUCAAUUGACCUUCGGCGUUUCACGACGGCCUUUCACUAACGGAGUUGGUGAACGGGAGCUUAUUGGACAGUGAAUCAGAUUCGGAACGUAAAGGCAAACGUUUGCUUCCCUUCACGUAUAGUGGAUCGAAGGCACCAAUUCACCGUUGGGAAUAAAACAAGGCUAUCCAAAAGUGCGAACAAUGUCUGACAAAAAGCGACCAGUGUAUGUGCAGUACGUCCUUGGAGGUCUAUCUGGGAUUGGAGCAACAUGUGUCGUCCAACCGCUAGAUUUAGUGAAGACCCGCAUGCAAAUCUCUGGCAUGGGCGGUGCUGUCAAGGAGUACAACAACACGUUCGAUGCAAUCGGUAAAAUCGUCCGCCGGGAAGGUUUGCUGGCAAUGUAUAAAGGAUUGAGCGCGGCCAUAAUGCGUCAGGCUACAUACACCACGACCCGUCUCGGUGUGUACACGUCGCUCAAUGACACCUACAAACAGCAAACGAACAAAACUCCGAACCUACUGAUGUCGAUGGCGAUGGGUAUGACGGCCGGUGCAAUCGGAUCGUUCGUCGGAAACCCAAGCGAGCUGAUCUUGAUCCGUAUGACGGCCGACGGGCGUUUGCCGGUUGCCGAGCGGCGCAAUUACACCGGUUUCUUUAACGCGCUUUUCCGAAUCGCCAAGGAGGAAGGUGUCGUAUCACUCUGGCGUGGCUGCGUACCGACGAUGGGACGUGCGAUGGUGGUGAACGCCGCCCAACUCGCCUCUUACUCGCAAGCCAAGGCAUACCUCGUGAGCUCGGAACUGAUGAAGGAGGGCAUUGGAUUGCACUUUACCGCCAGCAUGUUCUCGGGACUGAUCACCACCGCGGCUUCGCUUCCGGUCGACAUCGCCAAGACAAGAAUCCAAAACAUGAAGGUCGCACCGGGAGAGCAGCCUCCGUACAAGAGCACGGUCGAUGUUAUCGUGAAGGUGAUUCGGCAUGAGGGUCUGUUUGCGCUGUGGAAGGGCUUCACCGCUUACUACGGCCGGUUGGGUCCUCACACGGUUCUUACUUUCAUCAUCCUUGAACAGUUGAACGGUCUCUACAACAAGCAUAUGGGUGUGGAAGGAACGAAAUCCGGCCUGUAGAAACAACUUACCAGUUUGAUUGAUUUUUGUGACGGCGACAGCGUGAUGCGCUGCCGCACGCAUUUCUUACGAUGGCAAUUGUAGAUGUAAUGUGUUUUUUUUGUUGUUGCUUCUGUUUGUAGAUUUUUCCCAAUCCCGUGGCUGGUAGUACAGAUUUGCACAUGAAUUAUUAAUGCGUCCGCAUGCGGAUGCAACCUAGCACACGUAGGGCCGUUUGAACGUUUCGAAACACCUGUUGCGAGGCGACCUCUAAAAAUCGCACACAUUUUUGUAUGGUUUUUUUGUUCACUUUAUUUCCCCACUCUGUGGUGGAAAGAGGAGUGCCGUUGGCAGUUGGCCAGCGCGAUGCGGCGUUAGCGCCAUUAGCUUUUUCGGUAUCCUCCCCCUAGGGCUUGGCCAUAAGCCAAAACGCCACCCAGGUGUAACGCACGUUAACUUGAGCCGAGGAGGUUUAUAUCGCAAUACCACUGCAGCGCUUUAAACGACUAGUGAAACGAAUUGUGACAAUAUGCGGGUUAGAAUUUUGAACAAAGCGAGGAUUGCCUGUUUUCAGGGUUCCGGAAAACCACACCUAGCUCGUAGGACAGAUUCGUACGUGUAUAAAUCUAUAUCUAUAUUUUUGCCUAUAGGCGUUAGUAAAUGGUAACAAUAAAAAAACCGACGCAU